AUGUUCGCCUGGUACUUUUUGUUUGCGGUCGUUGGCCUAUCAACAGCUUCAGUCAGAUCUAAACGUCAAGCGGCUUUAGCUGUAAAUCAGCUGGAUAUCCCCAUUACUCUAAGGUCGCUCAUAACGUGCCUGACACCCAUCCGUGACUACUUGUGCCUUGGACCUAGGGUAGAGGUGCUGAAGAGUGAGAAAAUCGGACUGACAGAACGCAGAGGAGCCGCAUAUGGCUACCUCGAUGGAGUAGACAUAGGGCUUCUGAGACCGCUGAAUGUGCCGAUGAUCGAAGAUGAAACAGAAGUGGGCCAUCAUAUUGGUGCUGUCGUCGAUGUGACGGAUCCAAGACGUGGAGGAAUCGUUGAAUGGGAUCGCCAGGGAGCUGGCGUUGACGUCGGCUCUAGAGCAUCAGCAGCUGAUGACGCUGUGAAGCUCAGAUGGACACUGUUUGGUGUGAACGUUGGACCAACAGCCAGUCGAACUAAUUCCCUGAAAACAUACACACCGUUCCCAUAUUUCUAUCGCGGCUACUACAAUCGAGGUGACUGGUACCGCAAUCAGUUCUACAACCAAGGAAACGAGUACAAGACUCCUGCUCAGCGAGCUUGCCCAUGGUGUUUUGCGGUCGACAGCAGCUAUCCGGUACAACGACUAUUCCCGUAG